AUGCAAAUAACAUCAUGCAUGUUUAUGACUACAACACCCUGAACUUUGUCCUAGAGCACAGUCUGCUUUGCUAUAUUAGUUCUGCACUCAUUUGAAGUCCAUGUAGGAUGCUUUACCAUUUUAAUAGAAACUUCUGCACUUUCACUGAAGGACUUUUUUUGUAAAACAAAAGGAUUUAAGGAUCUGCCAAAAUGAUAAGCCGAAACACCAAAAAUGUCCUUGUGGUCUCUUUUGGAUUUCUGCUCUUAUUCACAGCAUAUGGAGGGCUGCAAAGUUUACAGAGCAGUCUGAACGCUGAAGAUGGAAUGGGCGUAAUAUCUCUCAGUGUCAUUUAUGCAGCUAUUAUUUUAUCCUCCAUGUUUCUGCCUCCCAUUAUGAUCAAAAACCUGGGCUGUAAAUGGACCAUUGUUAUUUCUAUGGCCUGCUAUGUGACAUAUUCUUUUGGAAACCUGUCGCCAGGAUGGGCGAGUCUCAUGAGCACCUCUGCCAUACUGGGUAUGGGAGGUUCACCGCUGUGGUCUGCGAAAUGUACAUAUCUCACCAUAAGUGGAAACCUUCAGGGCCAGAAAGACAACAAGAAAGGCCAGGAUGUCAUAAACCAAUACUUUGGAGUCUUUUUCUUCAUUUUUCAAUCUUCUGCCGUGUGGGGAAACCUCAUGUCAUCGCUGAUAUUCGGACAAGAUACAAACAUAGUUAAAAUCCCAGAGGAGAACCUGCAGUUCUGUGGUGCGGCGUUAUGCAUGGAGAAUUUUACUGCCACUGGAAAUACAACACGACCAGAAAAACGUCUAGUGGACACGCUGCUGGGCUGUUAUAUCGGUGUGGGGCUUCUGGCUAUUAUUUUUGUGGCAGUGUUCCUGGACAACAUCGAUAGAGAUCAAGCUUGUGAAUUUCGUCAAAACAAAGGAAACAAGUCCUUCUGCAGCACUUUUCUGGCUACCUUUACGCUUCUGAAAGAUCCAAAACUGUUGAUGCUCAUUCCAUUGACCAUGUACAGCGGGUUUGAACAAAGUUUCCUCUCUAGUGAAUACACAAAGAACUAUGUCACCUGUGCGUUGGGGAUACAUUAUGUUGGUUUUGUGAUGAUCUGCUUCGGGGCUGCAAAUUCUCUCUGUUCGUUUGCUUUUGGACGACUGGCAGCGUACACGGGAAGAAUUGCCCUCUUCUGCUUGGCUGCAGGGAUAAAUCUGGGCUGCUUACUGGCUUUGUUGUACUGGAAACCUCAUCCAGAUGAGUUGCCCGUGUUCUUUGUGUUUUCUGCUCUGUGGGGUAUGGCAGAUGCUGUGUGGCAAACACAAACCAACGCACUGUAUGGUGUUCUCUUUUCCGAACAUAAAGAAGCUGCGUUUGCAAACUACCGCAUGUGGGAAUCGCUGGGAUUUGUUAUAGCCUUCGCAUAUAGCACAUACAUCUGUCUGUCUACUAAGAUUUACAUUGUUCUGGCUGUUCUGGCGCUUACUAUGGUAACUUACCUUUACGUUGAGUACAAUGAGUACAAGCUUCCAACUGCACAAGUGAGCUAUGAUGUGUAUAAUCCAGAAAAGGCUGACGUAAAAGAUAUGAAUGAGAAAUAUGUUAAGCAGACAGAGAUAUAAAACAGAGAGAACAUCUGCCCAGAUUUGAUCCCUGUAUGUAAAUUUUUAUGUUUUUUUUUAUGUUUUUACAAUAUGUUAGUAUUUGCAUGUAAAUCUUUUUAAAAGUCUAUCUAAUACUUCAUGUAACAAAUUGUACAAAGGCACAAAUCAUUUCUUUCAGUAUUCUACACAUUAAAAUGUAUUUUUCAUUUAAGCCUUUAGCAGGCGCAAUUAUCCAAAGCGACUUACAAGAGGUGAGGAAGCAAUGAAGCGUUAAGUCGUAGUGGUAGCAAUAGAAGAAGUUCUAUAAAGAGUUACCAGGUUACACAAGCAAGACAUUACCUGUUGGGGAUAUGUUAAAAACAAGCACUGUGGUACAGUUGGUUAUUUUCUUUUCGUCAUAUUUAAGUGCAAUUGACUGUAAGUGUGGUAAGACACUGAAUAAUGUGAUACGUGUGGCAUUGUGUAUAAUAUUUUUUGUUUUUUUUUAAAUAAAAACACGACUUUCUUUAAACUGAAACAAGAUUAUCAUCAACGUCUUUUAAGAUCUGCAUUGCACCACUGAGGGGUCAAAGAUCAAAGUUUGUUGUUAAAUCAGAUGCCAAAUCAACGUGAUGAAAACCAGUAGAUAAGAUCCAGAUAACAAAAAGAGACAGAGAAGUAACCCUGCAGCAUUACGGAAACGGCAAAGACAAAUAUAGACUGGUUAAAUGUAUAACUGUUACGUGCAAAUGCGAAUGAUGUCAUUUCUCAUAAAAGACAAACAAUCUUUACAGCUUUAUGUGAAUAGGAUGAGCAUCUUAUCAACAUUGGGCUGAUUAAUUACAGAUAUUCAGUCUUUUCAGUCUAACACAGUUUUCCUUUGAAGGAAAAUCACUCAUUGUGACAAAUUUGGCAAAUAAAUCAGUGAAGUGCAUUCAUGAUAUCCCCACUUCUAUGGCUAAAAAGAUAAGCAGUGACAUAAUAUCACGGUAAUGCAAAAUAAGGCAUUGGAUAAAUUGAUAAAGUCCUGCUGCUAAACAUGUGUCAAGACCGCAAACAUUUACAGCUUUUGAGAAAUCAGCAAUGGUAAAACAAUUGUAAAAAGCUUUUGAAACAUUUUUGCAAUCAUGCAAUCAAAGAAUUCGCUUUCGAUGUGCAAUCUCAACAACAACAUACUCUCUUGUGUAAUAGUGUGUACUCUGUGUGUGUGCUAUGUAGCAGAAAAAGUAGCCUAACAUAUGCAAGAAAUCAAAGAAUUCUCACUCAAGUGACAGAAUGAUGCUAUGCAACUAUAUGAAACCGUAUAUAAUAUUUUGUGUUGUAUUAAUGCAGCAUUCUAAAUAAACUAUAGUUUAAGAAUUGUUCGUUUUGUACAUUUGUUUGUUGACCACAUGAUGGCACUGUUUCCUCCUACAUAUAUAGUUUUUGUGCAAGCCUGUUCGUUAGAUUAAAAGCAACAACAACUGAACAACUAAACCGACGUAAACAACUCAGCAACGUCAUGUUAUAUAAAUGUUUUGUCUAACAUCGCAAUAUUUAACAUUUAUAUUAGGCUAAUAAAGUAAAACGAUCUGAUGAACUUUCUUCCUU